UCAUACUUCCUCUUAAUUUCCCGAAUAACCUAAAACUCGAGUGUUUUAACGUCUCGAAAUAAUUUCAUUCUACUAUAAAUUACAAUUUUAUUAUUAAAAUGAGACGUCAUAUUAGUAUAUUGACAAAAUUGGCUUACCAAAACAAUGCUGUGAAGGUUUCACCACUGAUAAGAUUUUUAAGCAGCCAAGAGGCAAUUGAACGUCGUCAUCAUCUAUUUAGUUUAGAAAAGAAGCGCCAGCAUGAGAGUGUAGGUCGAAUUGAGAAGAUUGAGGUGAAUUAUAAAGGAAUACCAAAUGAUUGUGUUUUGAUCAUGAAUAAGGAUAUUUCUACCCCUUACGAUUGCGCUAAACAUCUUAGUGAAUGGCACACAGAGUCAAGUGCACUGGCCCUUCUGAACGGCACCAUAUACUGGGAUAUGCACCGGCCGUUGACUGAAAACUGCACUUUAGAGUUACAAACAUUUGACGUCAAAGAACCCCAAGCGGUCAACAAGGCGUUCUGGCGGACAUGCUCCUUCCUACUCGGCGCGUGCGCAACCAACGCCUUCAAAGAGAAUGUGCCCGUUCAGCUGCACAGCUUUCCCGGACCAGACAUUCGCAGCGGCUCAUUUGUUUAUGAUAUAGACCUCCCCACCCUGCCGGACUGGAAGCCGACCAAUCAGGAGAUGUAUUCACUCAGCGCGGAGUAUGUUAAGGUUAUCAGAAAGAAACUGCCCAUUGAACGGUUGGAGGUCGGUGAGGAGUUAGCCAAGGAGAUGUUUUUGGACAACCAGCAUAAGACGAAGCAGAUACCGAGCAUAGCUAAGGAUAAUGGCAAAGUGACAUUAUACAGAGUGGGUAAGCACGUAGACAUAUCGAGAGGGCCAAUGAUAAGCAACACCGCGCAAGUAGGCCGCGCCGCUGUCACAUCAGUACACACACUGACAGCACCUGAUAACAGUUCAGUGAAACAGCUGUACCGUUUCCAAGGCGUGGCGCUCCCCCAGGGAGUCAUCUUGAACCACUUCGCGUUCUCAAUACUUCUCGACAGAGCGAAGAAGUUGAAUUCAAAACGUACGCCGUUCAACAUCGAUAGAGAAGACACGAGGGAGGCGGCAGCCGCCACAGCCUAAUUUAUAUAGUUUGUUAGUUAGUUUUGUACAUAUUAGUUAUUAAAAGGUUAAAAUAUUA